AUCCAUCCGGCUUCAACAAUCAUUGGCUGAUUGAUUGAUUAGUGAAAUUUAACGAAAGAUAAGAACAAAAAAAACAUUAUGAAGAUUAUUGAUAUUAGUAACGAUAAUAACGAAAAUAACGUUGACGAAGAUAACCAACAACAACAACAAGAUUUUGCUACAAAUCAAAGACCCGAACAACAACAACAACAGCAAAGUAUCAAUAUUAACAACGAUAAUUUGGAAGACAACGACGACGACGAUAAUAACGAUAGUGAAAAAGAAAUGAUGGAAGAAGAAAGACAAUUUAUAUUUGAAGAUGUUGAUUCCGAUGAUAAUGUUAGCGAUGAUGAUGAUGAUGAUAGUGAUUCGUUAGAAAUAUCGACUACUAUUAAAAAUCAUAAUCAUCAGCCAUUAUCACAACGUCGAAAUAAUUAUAUUGUUGAUUUGGUUGAUGAUUAUCCUAAUGUUGUUACAAAUCAUCAUCAUCAUCGUGCCAAAGAUUAUGGAUCUGCUGGUGUACAUAAAUCCACUGAUUCUGGUAAUGAUGAUGAUGAAGAUGAUGAUGAUGAUGAUAACGAUGCUUUGGAUUCGGAUAGCCUAAAUGAUGAUGAUGGCGGUAGUAUGUUACGAAUGAGUAAUCCGAUACCGAUACCGGAUGAAUUUGGAACAAUCAAAAAUGUUGCUGCUGUUGGUGGUGGUAAUAAUAAUAAUCGUACGAAACAUCAUCAUCGACGUCGCAUUCAUCAUCAUCGUCGUAAAAAACGAAUCACAACAAAUAUCAACAGCAGUAGUGUUGGAGCCAUAAAUUUUUCCGAUUUAUACUACCUCAGCGGUGAAGUACUUGGUGAAGGUGCCUAUGCAUCGGUACAUGAAUGUCGUAGUUUUGAACAUGACCAAAAACGUUAUGCAGUCAAAGUGAUUGAAAAAGGUGAACGUGGUCAUAGCCGUAGCCGUGUUUUUCGUGAAAUUGAAAUAUUUUUCAAAUGUCGUGGUCAUCAGAAUAUUAUUCAAUUUGUUGAAUAUUUUGAAGAUAAUGAUCGUUUUUAUUUGAUUUUCGAAAAAGUGGAAGGUGGACAAUUGUUGGCGCAUAUUCAAAAACGAAUUCAUUUUACCGAACAUGAAGCAAGUCAAAUUGUGCGUGAUAUUGCUAAUGCUUUGAAAUUUCUACAUAGUCGUGGUAUCGCUCAUCGCGAUCUCAAACCGGAAAACAUACUUUGCUAUUCAGAAAGUCAAGUAUGUCCGGUCAAAAUAUGUGAUUUUGAUCUGGGAUCCGGUAUUAUUCCAUCGGAUAGUUCACCAGUAUCAACACCGGAAUUAUUAACACCGGUUGGUUCGGCUGAAUUUAUGGCGCCCGAAGUGGUCGAUGCAUUUAUGGGUGAAGCUUCUCCCUAUGAUAAAAGAUGCGAUUUAUGGUCGCUUGGCGUAAUCACCUAUAUUUUGCUUUGUGGUUAUCCACCAUUUUAUGGUUGCUGUGGAUCUGAUUGUGGCUGGGAACGUGGUGAAUUUUGUCAGGCAUGUCAAGAUCAAUUGUUUAAUUGCAUCCAAAAAGGCAUCUAUGAUUUUCCCGAACGAGAAUGGGCGUACAUAUCGGAAGAGGCUAAAGAUCUCAUUCGUCAUCUUUUGGUAAAAGAUGCAAGCCAACGUUAUACAGCCGAAAUGGUUCUCAACCAUCCAUGGGUACAGUAUGGUGGUCCACGUACCUUUUUGCAGACGCCCAAAAUUAUUCGCCGAAAUAAUUCAGCCAAAGAUUUGGCUGCAUUUGCUGAAAGUGCCAAUGCUAUGAAAAGAUUGUUUAUUAAAAAUCUUUACUCAAAUUCGAUCAGUUUGGUGGCCGAACUGGGUAGCCAAAAUUCGCGUCAAAAAUUAUUUUCGCACAUUGAAAGAUCGGAUGAAGGUGAUUCGGGUACCGAUCAUGAAUGUAAUAGUGCCCUUGGUGAUGGAAGCGAAUCGUAUGGUUUACAAUUUGCAUUGCAACAUACAUCCACGGAUUCGGAUGCCACAGCCGCAAGUGGUGGUAGUGAUCAUUCGCCGCCAUUGAAAUUUAUCUCAAAUGAUCUCGAUUAUCUUGUCGUACAGCAACAACAACAGACACAACAACAAAAUAAUGAUGAUAUGAUGAAUGAUAAAAUGUCUACAUUUGAUUAUUAUCGACAACGAUUACAAAUGGAACAGCAACAACAAUUUCAACCGGUUGCUCGUGAUCGAAAUUAUUCGUUUGGACAACAACAACAACAAGCAAACAAUAACAAUCGAAUCAAUAAUCUAACACGUCAGGCAAUUUUUCGUAAUGGUAAAAAUAAUGGUCGAAUGAAUCAACCACCAAGAAUUCGUAUGACUUUAUCGUUGGACCGGAAAAGUAUACCCGGAAUAGUUUUAAUCUAAAACCCGUUCUAAAAUAUGCUUGUUUUGUUUUCAUCAAACAAAUUAAGACACCGGUAAUGAUUUGAAAUCGAUUCGGUAAUAUAAUAUUGAACCCACCUAUAUUUUCAUUCAUUAACAAACAAACAAACAAAAAAAAUUAGUCUCGAAAAAAGAGUAAGCAAAAAAAUAAUAAUAUCAUCAUCAUUAUUAUCAUCAAGUCAUUUUGGAUGUUUGUGUUUGGUUGUUUGUGCAUUCUCUCUCUCUCUCAUAUUGGAUUCUGUGAAACAUUCAUUCAUUCAUUCAUUCAUCUCUCGUCAAACUGAAGGAUUGUACUGAAUUGAUUGGUUGAUUGAUCAUUACUAUUGUCAUCAAUAUUGUUAUCAUAUAUAAUAUUCAACAUAUAAAAACACAUUUAUAAUUAAUUACCUUCCACAAUCAACCUACUACUACUACUACUACUACUGAUUUACUUGUGAUUUGUUU